AUGACGGAAGACGGAAAAAUACUCACAAGACAUGUUUUGAUGAGGCAAAAAUACUGCAGGGAUAUUCACUCUGCUGUAGAUUCAGGCGAUGUGAGUUGGUUGGAACUGUCCCUGGCGCAUCAGAACAACAGUACAGUAAUUGGCUCAAACGGCGAAACCGCGCUCCACCGAGCUGCGAAAAAGGCCAAUUAUCAAGUGAUUCAAAAGCUCCUCGACCAUGGUUUUUCCCCACUCGCCGUAGACAACAACGGAAGAAACGCCCUAUUUUGGUUUGCUGAAAACGCGCCGCUGAGGCGAAAACUGACAAAAGCCAGCAAGGAGACAAUUUCAAAGUUGACGAAACCGCACUUUUCUUCCGACAAACGACACAUCCAGGGAAUCAACUUCGAUCUCCAAGAUCAAGACGGCUACACCGUCAUGCAUGUCGCUGCCAAGAACGGCAACUGGCCCCUCUGCGAACAUUUUUCCAGCCUGGACCGCACCCUCUUCCUCGUCAAAGACAACAACGGAAACACCCCCGAAGACAUCGCCGUUCUAUUCAAUCGACGAGAGUGCUCCAAGCAGCUCAAACACGCGACCGCAGAGUACGUCCGGGAGCGAAAAACGGAAGAAUACAGGAAGCUUCAAUUGUUCAAGAAAAAAUUCUGCGAUCUCCAAAACGAAGCUCUUUCCGAUUUACUGAACUCGAGAUCUGAUCGCUCGAGAGAAGCAUUUGUCGAUUUUACCAGCUCCCUAAAGGGGUCCUCCGCCAACCCGAGCGCGAAAAGUCUUCCACGAGAAGAACUCCUCCACGGUCUUCGAAGCCGACUGCGAAUAGCUGGAAAAGUAGACGCUUGCGAAAAUGGCGAAUUCGAGUCAAAAGAAGCAACUGAAGGUUUGACCGUUGUAACUCCCCAAAAGCCUCGAGAAAGAAAAUUGACAGAGGACUUCCAAGCGCCUCUUCCGCCUUCCUCGGGGCUUCCUGUUCAAUUGGCGCGGACAAAAGCCGGACGACCCUUAAUUUUGGCCAAAUCCGCCAAAGUGCGCGGUCCCGAGCUGCCCAUGGACACGGUGAAAACAAAACUCGGCGAUGGACUUCCCUUUCGCCCGUUGAAUAACGGAUCUCACUGGCAGCCGCGCCACGUUGAUGAUAAUUCCAAGAGGCAACACAGCGAGGAAAAGUACGAGACGACGGUUCAAUUCCACUUGAAAAGAUAA